AUGCGUCAACGAAGGUGGGUCGAACAUAUGAUAUAUCAUUCAAGUGAUGAAAGAAUUUCAAAAUUUGUUGAUGCUUUACCUUUGGAAUGUGAUAAAUUCGUGAAUAAUCAAAAACGGAAUUCUAGAGUAAACGACGACGAGUUGCUAAGAACACUUCAUGGAAGGGAUGGCGUACCUCCCACCAUCGAUGAAAUACUGAGGAUAGCCAAAGUGUACGUUAUACAAGAAAAGGCCGUGGCUGCCAGUCACCCGGCCAACAGGAAAAAGGAGGCCCUGAAAAACCAAGAAGACAGAGAGCAACGAGGUUCUAAAGGUAAGGGUAGAGGAGACCGAUACCAAAGGAGUGAUAGGACGGACUCGCGGUAUGACAGAUCCCGAAACGCUUAUUCAAGGAAUGAGUCCUCUAAACAAUGGUCCGACUACCCCAAACUGAGCAAGACACCAGCAGAGAUCCUGGCUUCAGAGAACCUCAAGUUUAAUCCUCCAAAGCCGCUGAAAGACAACCCCAACAAAGACACAAGCAAAUAUUGUGAGUACCAGAAAGGGAGCGGCCACCAUACAAACGAUUGCUUUCAGCUAAAGAAGCAGAUUGAAUACUUUGUGAAAGCAGGUAAAUUGGCACAUCUAGUGAGGGAUAUAAAGCAGGGCCCGUCCCCCGUCAAGGAAGAAAACGAUAAGGCGGCGGGAAAAAGACCACGAGAGCUAAAUAUAGUAUACGCGGAUACGGGAAAAGGUGCACAGUGGAGUUUCUCCACGCUCAAACCCUGGAUGUUAGCGACCAUGACCAUCGAGCCUCGCGUAGAAGACUUGCACCUCACCACGGAUGCUCUGAUCAUAUCCGAUGUAGUAGGGGAUUAUCACAUGAGAAGGAUCCUGGUAGAUACCGGAAGUUUAGAAGACAUUAUCUAUGAGCACUGUUUUAAUAGAAUGCAACCAGAUGACAAAAGGCUGCUUGAGUCGGUGCACGCCCCCAUUAAAGGUUUCACAGGAGAAAAGGUUGACCCUAAUGGUCAGAUUACCUUUCCAGUCACAAUCGGACAAGAGCCCCGAGAAAUGACCAUACACCUAACAUUCCUCGUGGUACGUGCUGAGUCAUACCAUAAUGUGAUCAUUGGAAGGUUCACCCUAGGAAAAUUGGAUGCUAUAGUCUCCACGGCGCGAGGUUUCAUGAAGUUUCCUACCCCGCGGGGUGUUGCAACGGUGUUUCGUGACAAACUAGGGGAGGUAUUGAACACCAAAAGAUGUUGCCAAGGACCUAUCGGGGCCAUCGGCCCGGAAAGAUGGGUAUUUAAGCACACACCAUCCGGAUCAGACAGUUACGAUAGGAUACAGCCUCUCCCCUGA